AUGUUAGAAAGCCAAAGAAAGCAGUUUAGGAAAAUACUUGAAAAGGAAUUCGAUAAGUGUAGACAAUUUAAGUUCGCUAUAUGUUCUCUUACUAAAUUUCUUAUAGAUAAUAAACCUGGAAAUGAAAAACAGGGAAAAAAGAAUUCACGAACUGACUGGCUUAGAAAUACACAAAUUAUA